GCAGCAGAGUGCCAACGCGGACUGAUGUUCCUCUAACUUACUGUGGAAGUUUUGCGUGAAGAGUCCACGGAGCUGUCUGCAGACGUCCAUCAUGGUUCUGCUGAGGUCACUGGUGUUCCUCUGCGCUCUGGCGGCGGUGGUCUUUGCUGUUCCUGCUCAGGAGAAGCGCGUCCAUCGUCAGGCCGACCUGAGUGACCACGCCCACGAUGACAGUCACGGCUACCAGUACGACCACGAGGCCUUCCUGGGCAAGGAGGAGGCCAAGACCUUUGACCAGUUGACCCCGGAGGAGAGCAAAGACAGAUUAGCGAAGAUCGUGGAUCGCAUCGACACGGACAAAGACGGCUACAUCAACCACUCAGAGCUGCACUACUGGAUCAAACACCGCCAGAGGAGGUACAUCCAGGACAACGUGAACAAACACUGGAAGGACUACGAUAAGAACCAGGAUGAUAAGAUCAGCUGGGAGGAGUAUAAGAACACCACCUACGGCUACUAUCUGGGGGAGGAGUUUGACGACGUGGAGGACAAGGACACCUAUAAGUCCAUGCUGGCCCGGGACGAAAGACGCUUCAAGGCGGCUGACAGAGACGGAGAUGGGAUCGCCACGCGGGAGGAGUUCACRGCCUUCCUUCACCCUGAGGAGUUUGAUCAUAUGAGGGAUGUGGUGGUCCAGGAAACGAUGGACGACAUUGAUAAGAACAAAGAUGGAAAGGUCAGCUUAGAGGAAUACAUUGGAGACAUGUACACACCAGAGGAGAUGGAAAGUGAGCCGGACUGGGUCCAGACCGAGAAGAAGCACUUUGGAGAGUUCAGAGACGUAAACAAGGACGGCUUCCUGGAUUCUGCUGAAGUGGCCCAGUGGGUCUUACCAGGAGAGGUGGACCACGCCGACAACGAGGCCAAGCACCUGAUCCAUGAGACCGACACUGAUAAGGAYGGCCGACUGACCUGGCCUGAAAUGCUGGACAAGCUGGAGUUCAUCCAGAUCAGCACCAUCACAGACUACGGKGGGAUGAGGGUGGACGAACAUGACGAGCUCUGACUUCUUUCAUAAACAAUUACCAAUUAGUACAGCCUAUAAACCUGUGUGGCUUUGGAUAAAAAGUUGAUUUUAUGACAGAUUCAUCAGAACCAGUGAGRUGACACAGAGCUGAGGAGAAACAGUUUAUUAAAAUAAAACUGGUCAUAUUUCUUGUUCAGAACAAAACAUUUGAACAGAUAAUGUAAGUGACCCGUCACCUCAAACUGACCAUUAAAUCCAUUCUUGGYAUGUAGGGACGUAGAGCACAAUAACUCAAUUUUGUUAGAAUAUGAUGAAGAAAUAUUUUACCUCUGGGUCAGUUGAAGGAAAUGUUUUGAAGCAGUUUUCUGAGCCGAACAGUUUUAUAUUUCAGAUACUUUCUCUGCUGCUACAGAAGCUAUUCUCAACAUCAGCUGAGAAAGCCUGAUGUCCAAAUAUGGUUUCAGGUUUCCUUUUUCAAAUGACAUCAAGAAAUCCUCAUUAGAAUGAAAAAACAAUCCUGAUUAGCAAGACAAGUGUAGAACCACUCAUGAUAUCAGGAUGCUCAGGUGUCUUUAAUUUAAUCUGAUGUACUCCUCAGGUGGAUGUGAUGAGUCUCUAAAUGAAARUAAUACUGUUCUGUUCCAUACAGACCACCCACAGAAUAAAUCUCUUUAAAAUGUAAA